UGCUUAGCUUGCCUAUGGACGGCAGGCUUCUGGGAUGGCGCAUACUGACAUUUUAUGCACUGUAUCGAACGAGGAAAGCUUCGGCAAAGAUGCUUUGAAAGAUCAUGAAGGAGGCGUACGGAUGCAGUGUUUAUUUUGUCCAAGCGCGCCGAGGGACAGGCCGGAGUGAUGCAAAUUAGUAGCCGUCGACGCGUGAGAUAAUCAGUGUCCAUUUUAGGCCUGCUACAGAGUAUUGUACUUAUAGACAAGCUGAAAUUUCUGCUCCGAGCUUUACUGCUGUCAGCUUACUACGCCUGCCAACCCCCUGUCCUCUUCGUCCUCUCCCUCCAUCCCCCAUGGUUCCCUUCGACGACUGGUCUCAAUCUCCACCGCCAUCGAGUGAAAAGCAUCCUGAGCAAGUCACGGACCAGAAAGACAAACCAAAGAAACCCCGUCACCGGCACUCUGCUUUUCAACUCGCCGCCCUCAACGAGCUCUACGAGCAAAAUGACCAUCCUCCUCUCCAGGCUCGUACUUCUUUGGCCGAACGUCUUGGGAUGGAGGUCAAAACUGUGAACGCUUGGUUCCAAAACAAACGGGCUUCGUCCAAGAAGCGAAGUACCAAAGCAUCGCAGCUUCCGGCUACUCAAUACGAGCUGCCACCUAUAUCUGCUUUAAUCGCAUCAGUUUCUUCGCCAGCUGCGCCUCCAGUGCCGCAAGAUUUUGACGAGCUCUCAGAAGAUGACCAAUCGUCUCACUUCUCUGAUAGAGAUCUGUCAAGGAUACCCUUUACGUCCGAGCACCGCCAACGUCAGACUGCCUUCUUUGCUGGGAACCCUCAGCAUAGACAUGCCAUUGAAUCAGAUCAGUCAAUUCCUCGCAAGGGGCGUUCGCGUCCCACGCAAGCGCAAACUGAGCAACUCAAAGCGUAUUAUGACCACACUUCCCAUCCGACAAAGCCUCAGAGAGAGGCACUCGGCCAGCGCAUUGGCAUGCGCUACCAAAGCGUGACCAAUUGGUUCCAGAAUCAGCGCAGUAUUGCCAAGAAGCGCAAAGAGGACGAAGACGCUCUGAAUGAGGUUGUCAAGUCUACGGAAUUGGACCACUCUGCAUCAAGCUCCCGAACUUACUCCCCUUUCCCACCGUCCUCGAGUACGGUACAUCCCUCACUUGCUGUGAAUGUUCCACCUGCGACCGGACAUCCUUCCCUUCCACCUCUCGCCAAUCCUCCACGUUCCAGACGUGCUACAAGUACAGCUCCUGUCUCUGUAGCUUAUGACAGCCGGUCUGCUUCCCCGCGUGUUUCACCGUAUCGACUACCACUCAAUGAGCGUGCGAUUUCGGUGACUAGCGGGCGGUCACGGAGGACCCGGCCCGAUCCUUAUCAGCUUGAGGCCUUGAAGAAACUAUUUCAUCGCACGCCUACACCUUCCAUUGAGGAGCGUGGUGCACUUGCGCUUGAAAUUAACAUGGAUCCUUCUAAAGUCACCAACUGGUUCCGUAAUGCGCGUCAGACCGCUAGGAAACGUUCACAGCGGAAUCCCGAGGAUGGCGACGAGUUUGACGAUCUGGAUGACAUUAGUGUUGGAGCACAUACUAUCCACUCCAGGGAUGCGUCUAGAGCCGGCUCUCCGUUCCCCUCGACCUCUGCCUCGUCAGAGUCUCCAACUUCCCAAGAGGACGGUGACGUACUAAUGGACGACGUCCAGAGCCAGCGUUACCCGGAACCGAAUGCGCUCAAGAUUAAACUCGAGUUGGAGGAGAAGCAUCACAAGAUGUACUCACACGCGCCUUUAUCUCGGUCACAUUCCGAUAUGGGCAGUGAGGAGGAUUACCAAGAAGCCGUUACUCCUCCUUCCGAGGCGUCUCCUUUACCUCCUUAUGCUCGAACUGUGCCUCACGAGUCUAAACGCGAGAUCGUCCAUCAUCCUUCCCCUCGCGAAAUUUCACUCAGCGUGGAUGCUCUCACUUACGCUGAAAUGGAAAAAGCGACUGCGAAGUUCCAGACUGGCGUUCGAGUCGAAGAUGCUCUUCUACUUCUCAGUUUCCACCACAACUUGGAUGUGAACGUUUUACUGAUUUCUCCGUGAUCAUCGCGUGUAGAUUGCAAUAAUAUCAAGCUUGCUGAGUCUUUGCGCUAUAUAUUCUUCUAUCCGCAUACAAGCCAUUCCGGACCUUAUCCUCGUCGAAUAAUCUUUCAUGAUCCUACAUAUAGCACACCGCUUCUCGCCGCCGCUUCCCGCGCUUCGUGCUUCGAGCUUCAAGUUGUACGACUUCUAACCUGCCUGUGUCUCGUCACGCUUCUUAUCGUUAUUUUAUUGUACCCAUUCCCGCUCUCGUACCAUCGUCAUCUUUUCUUUUCUGCCUGUGUUGCUAUACCACUUUUCCCGUCUGCCAUCGUACAUUUCCUCCUUGCUCGCAGUGCUCAUUGUGUCAUUCCCGUCCUUUGCUUCUCCUGUGUGUGAGAGGGUUAUGUGUUACUGAUUCGCUGUAGUCUUGCUCUGCGCCUUUGAGCCGUUGACUCGUCGGUUCUUGUCUUUCCAUGCCUUCGGUUGUUUUACUUACGUUUCCUCCGACCCUACACAGCGUCCCGGAGACACUUAGAGCGUUCAACUGUCCAUAUUGUCGCUCAGUAUAUCACUGUAAUUUCUUUACUGCAGUAUUUUUAUGAAUGAAUGAAGCUGUGCAUCUGUACUUGUCUUUGUCUGGCCGCAUUC